CGGAGUAUAACGUACAACCGAUUUGUUCCAGUGUGGUUUCGCUGUGAAAAUACCCAAUUCUGAAUCGGAGAUUCAGUUUUUAAUAACAAAUUUAAAUUUAAUUCACUGUGUUUGGUUUAUAAAUACAAAAAAAAAAUCUACAAAAAUGCAUCCGACUGGUGAUGUUUGUCGAAAUAUUCGACAAAUCGGUUUGGUUAAACUUACAAUAUUUUUGAUUCUAAGCUAUCAAAUUGUUGAAGCCACCGAAUAUUGUUCUCUGUGCGAAGAUCAUGUUGCAUGUCGAAAUUAUGGUGACUAUGGUGAAACGUGUCCCGACGAUCGAGCUUUUGUGGAAUUCGACGACUUCCAAAAGGAAUAUAUUGUGCGAUUGCAUAAUCGAAUGCGUAAUAAAAUUGCUCUGGGUGAAGUGCGGAAAUUCAAUACAGCGAGUAAAAUGCGCGCCCUCCAAUGGAAUGACGAGUUAGCUUACUUAGCUGAAUUGAACGUUCGUUCCUGCGUCUACUCCAAAGAUGAAUGCCGUGCUACAAGUAAAUAUCGUGAUGCGGGUCAAAACAUAGCGCGUCGUGGAGUUUCAGCUACAUACUAUGAACCAACCAUGCAUGCUGUGACCACAAUGAUUAUGGAUUGGUUUUUGGAAUAUAGAAAUGCCGAUAUGAGCUACAUUGAUUCAUUUCGUCAUCAUUCAAAAGGAAAGUACAUCGGUGACUUCACGGUCAUGGUGAAUGAUAAAAAUACCGUGGUUGGCUGUGCUAUGAUGCGUUAUGCUGAAGAUGACUAUAAGUAUCGUCAUUUGGUGUGCAAUUACGGCUAUACGAACAUAGUUGGAAAUCAAGUGUACGAAAGUGGUUCACCCGCUUCAAGAUGCAGAGAACGUCAUGGCACUUAUGAAGGUUUAUGUGCAACCAAUUCAACCAGCAACGGAUCAUACGCAAACCCUUCCAAAAUGUACAUUAGAGUGAUGUUUUAAAUAAACGUUUUCAACCGAAUUUAUUGUAGAAGAAUAAAAAAUAAAACACGAAGUUAGACGAUUGGAUCUAUAAUAAUAAUCAAUGAACGGUUCUGGGAUAGACAUUAAGCAUCUAUUAACAUGUGAAUAAUUCCCAAAGAAUUAAAAUAAAUUUCAAAAAAAUCCAA